AUGGCUUCACGUCUGGAUAUCCGCAGCACUCCUGCAGAGAAUGUGACUGAAGCCACCAUGUUUAUACUCUUGGGUUUCACAGACGACUUGGAACUGCAGGUCUUCCUAUUUUUACUGUUUCUUGCUAUCUAUCUUUUCACUCUGAUAGGAAACUUUGGACUGGUUGUUUUGGUCAUUGUGGAUUCUCGGCUACACAACCCCAUGUACUAUUUCCUUAGUGUUCUGUCUUUCUUGGAUGCCUGCUACUCUACAGUUGUUACCCCCAAAAUGUUGGUCGACUUUGUGGAAGAAAAUAAGUCCAUCUCAUUCCUUGGAUGUGCCACACAAAUGCUUCUCUUUGUUAGUUUAGGGACCGCAGAAUGCUUUCUGUUGGCAGCAAUGGCAUAUGACCGCUAUGUAGCUAUCUACAGCCCACUUCUAUAUGCACUGACCAUGUCACCCAGAGUCUAUGUGCCACUCAUCGUCACUUCCUAUGCUGGUGGAAUUGUGCAUGGUGCUAUACACACAGCGGCUACUUUCAGCCUGUCCUUCUGUGGGUCAAAUGAAAUCAGGCAUGUCUUCUGUGACAUCCCUCCGUUGCUUGCUCUUUCUUGUUCUGACAUCCACACAAAUGAGCUCCUGCUCCUGUAUUUGGUAGGGUUGAUUGAGAUGGUCACCAUCCUGAUUGUUCUGGUCUCCUAUGGAUUCAUCCUCUUUGCCAUUCUCAACAUGCACUCUGCUGAGGGUAGGAGGAAGGUGUUUUCUACAUGUGGCUCUCACCUCACUGGAGUGUCUAUUUACCACGGCACAAUCCUCUUCAGUUACAUGAGGCCAAGUUCCAGCUACGCUUCAAACCAUGACAUGGUAGUGUCAAUAUUUUACACCAUUGUGAUACCUAUGCUGAAUCCCAUCAUCUACAGUCUGAGGAACAAAGAUGUAAGAGAGGCAAUGAAGAAAUUGUGGAGAAAAUUUGGUUCAUAA